AACCAGGGAGAAACGUGGGCCAACACUGUAUAUAGUCAGCCAUCCCAUUGUUAGACAUCGUAUGGCAGUAUUGACACCUUUUAGCUGCCCUUCCGAGUGAUCGAUGAUUUUACUCUGUUGGCAGUUGCAUGUGGUGUGGGCAAGCUCUUCGUCGAAUUCAAGGGCUUCAAAUCGUUCCGCUGUGUGAAUGUCACAAUUUUACUGAUCAAACAGCUGUCCACCAUACAUUCUGGAUAUGCCUUUAAACUGUUAUUUCAUACGCUGAAGCAGACGACCGGUAGGAGAUAACCAAGUGCAGGAAAUCUCAGACAUCCGCUGCCAUGAUGACGCGCCGAAUGGUGAAAAGAUUGUUACUAGCCAUUUUCUUCCUUUACCUCGUCUACUUAUUCUCCUUUAAUGGAAUGGACUUGAAACUAUUCGAUCAAAUGGUGGCAAUUUCACACAAGGGACGAGGAUGGAUGAACGAGAAUGGACAUAGAUCAUUUAAACCAGACCGCAUGUCAGGGUCGAAUGAAGGACUGCGCAAAAUAGACUCAACGAAAGAUUUCGAAGUAACAACGCUGACUGGAAGUGAAGAGAAUCUCGUUUCAUUCGCUUCUUCUACUGUAGCAGCGGCCGGGCGCAGACAUCGAACGUUGGACCAAGUCACUCAUCAGAAAGUGAUGUUUGCAAAAGGAAGAACCGAACCGCAGAACAUGAUCGCGGCGAAAUCAAAAUUGACUCAAACUAAACAAAAAAGCUUGUCUCCACCUAAACGCCGUGAGCGGAUUAAUCACACCUUUCCGUUGACUGAGGAAACGCAAUCCCGGAUGCAAUCGAAAUCGCACUAUUUAAGAUCACGUGACGAACCGAAAUUACCUCCACCAAUGGGAUAUGAUCAACAAAUAGAGAUGGAACCUUUCAAGAGAAGUUUGGAUGCAAAGGAUCGGGAUACAUAUAUGUUCCUUUUGAAGUUGUUCCACGACACAUUUGUGAAGCAUCACCUGACCUAUAUGAUGUACAGCGGAACUCUCUUAGGUUCCUAUAGAUAUCAUGGAUUUGUGCCAUGGGAUGAUGACGUAGAUGUGCUGAUUCCCUACGCAAAGAAACGUAUCGCCACGAGAGUUUUACAGAAUUUGGGCUCCAAUUAUUCCGUUUUUCACAUAAAUGGCAGAUUGAAGUUCUUUCGAACCAAAGACCCGAAAUUUCGAGAUUACGAAUUUCGAUAUCCUUACAUAGACAUCAGUUUCUAUGGAGAAAAAAACCAUUCGAUUUUCGACAUCGGGCUCCUCUCUGAUCGGCGGUGGAAAAAGUACGUCUUCAAGAAGGACAUGGUGUUCCCAUUAACGAAAAGACCGUUCGAGGGCCACUGGUUCUACGCUCCUUUCAAGACAAGAGACAUACUUUAUGGCUUACAUAAUCUAACCAAAUGUGUCACAAAUUGGUGGAAUCAUAAAUUGGAAGUUAUGAACCACCGUAUGCUGUCCCUUCCGUGCGACGACCUCCGGCCGUACUUCGCCAUGGUAAACAGGACAACCGCACCAGGCGGAAAGGUCGCGGAAUCAUUGACAUUAAAAUCAAGGCUUUUAUAUACAAUCUUUUACGAUUGAUAAGUAAUAAAAGCUCACCACUGUAAAGCACAUUUCCAAAUUGGUACCCCGACCCAUCCAACAUUCCAAGGUUAUAUCCAGGGAGUUUAGGGAGUCGAAUCCCAUAUCCUCUCUAACAUCUGCACGAGACCAACCCUCCUUCACCACCACUCUUCGCUUGAUCGAGUUCAAAUGAGCAGCGCCCUGAAACGUGUGUCUUCUCAUAUAUUGGAGACGGGUGUCUUCAAGAAGGAUUCCCCACUUAAAGGAGACAUCACAACCCCGAAAAGGAUUUCAGGAUUGUCCGCCCGUAUUCUUUGUGCUUCGUAUGUCCCUUGCUUAUCCCUGUCUAACUCCAAUUGGAAAGAACCCUUUGUAAGUUAGAGUGGAUGCGAACUGUGUCCCUGUUGAUCAGCCAAACGAAAGGACACUCUAUGCGUAUCGUAUGUUUUUGCUUAUCCACAUAAUAUGACCCGAAAGAUGGUAGGAACAACUUGUGUAAGCCAGGAUUUGGCCUGUCUCUGCUGUUCAGAUUGCACACCGAAGGUGGCCCUCGGAAGGACCCCGCAAGGAAACACGGAAACGUGGACGGCCAAAGAACACCUGGCGCCGCACGAUGACGAAAGAGCUGGAAACCUUUGGCCACAGCAAUACGAGUAGCCAAGGACAAGGGAAGAUGGUGAGAAAUGUUGAAGGCCUUAUGCCCCAGCACCAGGGACGAAGAGGACUAAGUCUAAGUCUAAGUCUGCUGUUCAGCGCACUGAAGGACCGUCUUUGUGUGUCGGAUAGCCCUUGCUAUUCCUCGUUGUUUAACCCCAAGUGGAAGAAACACUUUGUAAGACAGGAUGCGAACUGUCUCUGCUGUUUGGCCCAAUGAAAGCACUGUCUUUGCAUGUCAGGAUGUGACUUAUUGUCAUGAGUUGGUACCACCACAAAAAAUGACGAAUACUUUGUAAGGAUCAAACUGGAUGGAAAAAAGUUAUCUAAACUCCCGAGGAAUUCCAUUCGUCAUCCUAUUCCUACUUCCUUUAAGAGGAGGACCGAGGCCGAUCCACUGCCUUCGGUGUUGAGGUAGGAAGGUAGGUCUAUCAUGAGUGCUUUCUCUUCCGAAGAAUACAUCCAUGUACUUCGAUGGUCCACUGCGUACGGAGUGCACAUCCAAUGGACAGUAUCUUGUGGUAGAUUCCUCCCUACCGAAGACGGGAUUCACGAGGGGGAUUAUAUUAUAUCCAAUCAGCGCACAACUGUGGCACACAACGAGCAUGAAGCUGAACACCCCGGACCGGAGGCGUCGUUUCUCAUCGAUUUGCGCCCGCCUACGCUGGGGAGGAGCGUACCAUGACGCUAGUCUAUUUUUUACCAGUCACCGUUUCGGCAUGGCUUUGAGACGAACCUUCUGAUUAGAUUGGAGAAGGCCCAGCGGGACUGACACUGGCAUUUUUUACGGUGAGACAUGAGUUUUGACCCCGAAUGACGUUAUGCUGAUGUAGAAUAUAUCCAACAGUAAAGACAGCGAGGAGUGAGUCCUCCAUCCGGACAAUCCUUCCUAAAGACACCCGUCUCUUAUAUAUGAGAGGACAAUCUCCCCUAAGUGUAUAAUUCUUCCUAAAGACACCAGUCUCUUAUAUAUGGGAGGACAAUCUCCCCUAAGUGGAUAAUUCUUCCUAAAGACACCAGUCUCUUAUAUAUGGGAGGACAAUCUCCCCUAAGUGGAUAAUUCUUCCUGACACCCAACUCCAAUAAAUGAGAGGUCAGUCUACUUCAAGUGUAGGAACUCUUCCAGAAGACACCUGUCUCCAAGAUAUGAAUGGACAGACUCCUCCAAACUGGGUAACCUUCCUGAGGGCUGGUCCCUGCCUGGCAAGACACUACCAGUGAUUGCCAGUCAUCCAUCAAAGCUUGCUGCCCUGCUUCCAGGUCUGGUAAUGGCCGACUUUUCAGGGCUGGCCACGACCGGAAUACACCUGGGACCCAGGGCUGCCCAUGGCUGUUCCAAGGCUGGUUGAUGGAUCUAAAUAGGGGUUCCUGGCCUAAAGUUGAGCUUAUGCUGGUUUGUCCUUCCUUGUCACAGGGCGAGGCAUCCAGAACGGAGACAAGCCACACCCUGGCAAGCAAGACAAAGUGUUUGGCCAUCUUGGAGAGAAAAUGAGGACAAGGAAAUCUCUACCAGACAUGAAAAGAAACUUCCUUUUAAUGUUUGGCUGAGCAACAGGGACAACCACAUCUCAAUCCCGAUGUUUGUCCUGUAUUUGGGUUUAACAAUGAGGACAACCUAAAUCUUUGUCACAACCCAGGCUGGACGUACAGGAUGUCUGCCCUACAAUCCUAAUAUUUUGAUGCGAGAAGACAAUUCUAUUGCCUGUUUUGAGGAAAUGUUAUUGGCUUUGGUGGUCCGUAAAUCAGGACAAG